GAUCCCGGCUAAGUUCCGGCGGCUUGAGCGUCCGUGCGCUGUCGCUUUCCACCGUCCUCCUCCCGGCGCCGAAAUGGUUGUCCUGGUUACGGGUCCUAACGGUCCCCUGCCUGAGAUUGGUUUUUGAGGUGAUGCAACCUGAGCUGCUGUCUGAAGACACCUUCAGCUCCGAGAAGUGGCGGCUGGUCCAGCCUUGGACGCGGAGUAAUUGAAACUGCCGAGGAAAUUGAAAUAGAAUUGGAAAAGAAAACUGUCCCAUAAUAAUGUCUCGAAAAAUUGCUAAGGCAUCAAAAAUAGUGAAUGUCUCUAGCUCUCUGGAAUCUGAAGAUAUUAGUUUAGAAACAACAGUUCCUACAGAUGACAUUUCCUCAUCAGAAGAGCGAGAUGGUAAAAUCAAAAUCACCCGGCAGCUAAUUGAACGGAAAGAACUACUUCAUAAUAUUCAGUUACUGAAAAUAGAGCUAUCCCAGAAAAAUAUGAUGAUCGACAAUUUGAAAGUAGAUUAUCUUACAAAGAUUGAAGAAUUGGAAGAGAAACUUAAUGAUGCCCUUCACCAGAAGCAACUACUAACUUUGAGAUUAGACAACCAAUUGACUUUUCAGCAGAAGGAUGCCAGAAAAUAUCAAGAACUAAUGAAACAAGAAAUGGAAACUAUUUUAUUGAGACAGAAACAGCUAGAAGAGACAAAUCUUCAGCUAAGAGAGAAAGCUGGAGAUAUCCGUCGAAACCUGCGUGACUUUGAGUUGACAGAAGAGCAAUAUAUUAAACUAAAAGGUUUCCCUGAAGAUCAGCUCUCUAUUCCUGAAUAUGUAUCUAUUCGGUUCUAUGAACUAAUGGAUCCAUUAAAGAAGGAAAUCUGUGAACUACAAGUGAAAAAGAAUUACCUAUCAGAAGAAUUAACUGAAAACAAAGGCCAACUGAAACAACUGACAGAGACUUAUGAGGAAGAUCGAAGAAACUACUCUGAGCUUCAAAAUAGAUGUCAACGUUUGGCCUUAGAAUUAGCAGACACAAAACAGUUAAUUCAGCAAGGUGACUACCGUCAAGAGAACUAUGAUAAAGUCAAGAGUGAACGUGAUGCACUUGAACAGGAAGUAAGCGAGCUAAGGAGAAAACAUGAAAUCCUUGAAGCCUCUCAUAUAAUUCAAGCUAAAGAAAGGAGUGAAUUAUCAAAAGAGGUCGCCACCUUGCAGCAGACCACGACGCUGCUGCAGAAGGACAAGGAGUACCUCGGCCGCCAGAACAUGGAGCUCAGCGUCCGCAGCGCGCACGCCGAGGACCGCCUGGAGCGACUGCAGGGGCAGCUCGAGGAAGCCAAGAGGGCCAGAGAAGAGAUGUAUGAAAAAUACGUGACGUCCAGAGACCAUUAUAAAACAGAAUAUGAAAAUAAACUACAUGAUGAACUAGAACAAAUCAAAUUGAAAACUAAUCAAGAAAUUGAUCAACUUCGAAGUGCCUCUAGGGAAAUGUAUGAACGGGAAAACAGAAAUCUCCGAGAAGCAAGGGAUAAUGCUUUGGCUGAAAAGGACCGAGCGGUGAUGGCUGAAAAGGAUGCUUUAGAAAAACAUAAUCAGCUCUUAGACAGGUACAGAGAACUACAACUUAGUACAGAAAGCAAAGUAACAGAAUUUCUCCAUCAAAGUAAAUUAAAAUCUUUUGAAAGUGAACGUGUUCAACUUAUACAAGAGGAAACUGCAAGAAAUCUCACACAGUGUCAGUUGGAAUGUGAAAAAUAUCAGAAAAAAUUGGAGGUUUUAACUAAAGAAUUUUAUAGUCUCCAGUCCUCUUCUGAAAAACGCAUUACUGAACUUCAAGCACAGAACUCUGAGCAUCAGGCAAGGCUAGACAUUUAUGAAAAAUUGGAAAAAGAGCUUGAUGAAAUAAUAAUGCAAACUGCAGAAAUUGAAAAUGAAGAUGAGGCUGAAAGGGUUCUUUUUUCCUAUGGCUAUGGUGCUAAUGUUCCCACAACAGCCAAAAGACGACUAAAACAAAGUGUCCAUUUGGCAAGAAGAGUACUUCAGUUAGAAAAACAAAACUCAUUGGUUUUAAAAGACCUGGAACAUCGAAAGGACCAAAUAGCACAGCUUUCACAAGAGCUUGACAGGGCCAAUUCUCUGUUAAACCAAGCUCAACAACCUUACCGGUAUCUCAUUGAAUCGGUGCGUCAGAGAGAUUCUAAGAUUGAUUCACUAAAGGAGUGUAUUGCACAGCUUGAGAAAGAUGUCAGCAACUUAAAUAAAGAGAAGUCAGCUUUACUACAGACGAAGAAUCAAAUGGCAUUAGAUUUAGAACAACUUCUAAGUCAUCGCGAGGAAUUGGCAGCAAUGAAGCAGAUUCUCACUAAUAUGCGCAGUAAGCCUUCUGAGGACAGGCUACUUCUUACUAAAAGGGAAUCCAAAAAUGUGUCAGGAAAUCAGAAGUCAAAGGCUCUGAAUGUGCCUAGAGAACAUGAAGAUGAUAUAUUUAUACCCAAGCCCACACUCUUUACCAAAAAAGAAGCACCUGACUGGUCUAAGAAACAAAAGAUGAAGAUCUAGUGUUCUGAAUGGAUUUGCUAUGUCAUUAUUUACUUCCAAAGUUCUUUUUCUGAUGAACAAAAAGUUUAUCUCAAUCAUGUGCUUGGCAUUUUUUAAAUAACUAAUGUAAAAUUUAUUUUCACUCAAAGUUAAAUUAACAGAUUUCAGCAUAAUAAUCAAAAUGUAUGAAGUGAAAACAAUAGUAUACUUUAGAUGUGGUUUUAUCUAUUUUGUUACAAAAUAAAUAUUAUAGACUCAUUUAAA